AUGCCCCGCGCCGAAGCCGGCUCCCUAAAGUCACUCAACAACAAAAUGAAAGCCAAGGGCCUCCAACGCCUCCGCUGGUACUGCCAAGUGUGCGAAAAGCAAUGCCGCGACGAAAACGGGUUCAAAUGCCACACCCAAUCCGAGUCCCACGUUCGCCAAAUGCUCGUCAUCGGCGACAACGCCAAAAAGUUCAUCACGGACUACUCCACCCAAUUCCAGCGCGACUUUCUACUACUGCUCAGGACGAGCCACGGCGAGAAGAAGAUCAACGCGAACCACUUCUACCAGGAGUACAUCGCCAACAAGGAGCACGUGCACAUGAACGCGACGCGGUGGAUCUCGCUGAGCGAGUUUGUGAAGCACCUGGGGCGCGAGGGGAUUUGCCGGGUGGAGGAGGGGGAGAAGGGGCUGUUUGUGAGCUGGGUGGAUAGUAGUCCUGAGGCGAUGCAGCGGCAGGAGGCGAUUAGGCGGAAGGAGAGGCAGGAUAGGGGCGAUGAGGAGAGGGAGCAGCGCGCGAUUAGGGAGCAGGUGGAGAGGGCGAGGAGGGAUGCGGAGGCUGCUGGGAGGGACCUGGAGGGGGAGGAGAAGGUGUUGAAGAGGGGGGAGGGGGAGAAGAUUAAGCUCUCGUUUGGCUCGAGGAAGGUGGAGACGGCGGAAAGUGGUGGGAAGGACGAGAUGGAGAAGGUCACGGAGUCUGCUGUGACGGAGACGAAGGUGGAAGCGACCCCGGCCCCGGCCCCGGUGCAGCCGCCAAAGAUCGCGAUCAAGAUGGCGGUGAAUAAACCGAAGAACGUCUUUGCGGCCAAAAAGAAGGAUUCCAAGAAGGAGCCCAAGAAGGAGGCCGCGGCGGCGCCAGAGAGGCCAAUGAGCGCUGCCGAACGCAUCAUGAGGGAGGAUAUGGCGCGGAAACGGCUCAGAGGCGGACCUGGCACUGAGGGGCCGAGAGAUGCGAAGAGGCAGCGGGUUUAG